AUGGCCACGACCAGCACUCGGGCCAGUGCGGCGCAGGGACUGGGCAGCAUCAACCUGUGGGGCUUUUCACCAGCACAGCCCGUCACAGCCUGGCUCAACUCUGAACAGCCAUCUGAAGACACCUCGGACACAAACAUCCUGCUCUUGGGGGCAGCCCAGCGCCGCCGCCAUCCAAACCAGCGGCUCAAAAUUUAUGUCAUCGAGUCGGCCAUGGAGUUGUAUGCACGCCAGCUCCUCUUUCUGAAGAUCCUAACCAAGCCCCUCGAGGAUCUGGGCCUGCAGGACCGUGCCGAGCAUUUUCUUGAAAUUUACGGCAACACGUUUGUUCGCGCAUCCACGCACGCGCUGCUCAAGGAGCUGGCCGCAGAUCUGCUCCAGGCGGUCACCGAUCGUGAUGCGCUGACGCAGCAGCUACCUUUUGUACAUUUGGACAAGCUGAAGUAUCGCGAGAUCGAUGCACUCGAAUCCAUCUUCAAGCUAUGGCGAGGCGCCCCAGCCGAGACCGAGUCCAUGCAGUUGAGCUGGGACUUUCGCUUGCGCUCAUAUUAUCAACAGCGCUAUGAUAACCGCGAUAACCUCGCUGAUUGGGACUAUUCAAUGCGCCUGCGAGACACGGCCAGCAUCAUUCGCAGUGCCCAAUUUCUGCGCUGGCGGCGUUCGGGACUUGCGUUUGAGCAUCGUGACGCCGACUACGAGGCGAGCAACUACACGCUGGCCUCGGGUCAGAUUGUUCGGACAAAGGAGGGACGUGAAGGCCGGCGUUCCUACUUUGGCGACAUUGUCACAAGUCCCUACAUUUCGUACGGACUGGUCACGGACAAAGAAGACUUUUACAAGCGCCGCAAUGACAUUCAUGUCAAGUCUGCCAGUGAUAUUUCUCUCUUUAACGUGAUGGAUAUGUGUGCUGAAAUGGCGACCGGCCAACGUGUUCAAGGUGAAGUGGACUUGGACAGCCCUGCUCCGUUGAAGACGGUGGCUCUGGAGCCAGAGCUUCAUGAUGAUGUUGCUGGAGUGGAAGUGUUCUUUUUGCCGCUCGCGGCCACUGAUGACAUCAAAAGCAAGGCUCGCUUUGCGGAUCUCUUUGAUCUCAUCUACGUCGGCAACAGCUCUGCUCAAUUCGUCGAUGCUGGACUCAAGCAUUGUCUCAAAGCAGAGGGGCAAUUGGUGAUUGAGAACGUGCGACACAUGGUCUUGCUCUCUGCAGAGCAACGACAACUCUACGUGGACAAGACCUGUCUGGCUGGUGAUAUUCAACAGACGGCCGAUGCAUUCAUCAUCAACAACACGUUUGGGGCAUUGGUCCUCAGCAAGCUUGCCAUCAAUUACGUCCCCCGCAAUGCAUCGGCCUGCGCACCAACCGUCACAGUCGUGGCUACUGUCCAAGCCUCUGCCAGCAAUAUCAACGGCCUGAUGGUUGAUUGGCAGCUCAACGCCAGCGUGCCGUCGUGCUUCACCGGCGAGCUGUCCUCUCUCCUCUGGCUCUCCGAUUUAACCAUGAACAUGACCGAGGUGCAGGAGACCUUUAUGCCCUUCCUGCCCGGCGUAAUUAUGACGGCAGCCAAUUUUCAAAACGUUUCCUCCUUCCCUUAUAGCAAAACGCAGGAUUACCCUGGACGUGGCUGCUUUGCCGACUUGUUCUCGUGGCGCCUUCGAGGCACGGGUACCCACACCCCUCGCUUCUCGCUUUGGGCAUUGCCCGAUGCUGACAACUGGUUUCGCGUUCAUCCCGUGGCUCUGAGCGUGAUGGCCAAUGCAUUGGAUGAUUGGUACUAUCACCGAGCUCUGGCCGUGGCUCUGACAGCAGGAAGCUUCUAUCGAGCACCAGUCUUGCGAAGCGUGGUGGGCCCACACACAAUUGGUGAUCUUGCACUUGCCUGGCGUGCGACCUCCAACAUCACCAACCUGCCCACAGCACGGCAGAAAUACGGUGCCACUUUUGAUGCUCUGAAAAAGAUGGUCUUGAUGAAGGUAGACGCCCAAGAGUUGAGCCGCCCUUUUGACCAAUAUCCCGCAGUCAUGAAGGGAGGCGAUUUGACCAGCUUUUCGGCCCUAAACAGCAGCCGUGAGCCGGUCUACGAGUCCUACGGUCCCAAUUCGGGUAUUGUCAGCGAACCCAAUAGUCAGCGUGUUCAGGCUCGUGUCUAUGCUAUGCUUGAGCUCUUCAAAAAUGAGAUUGGUGUGGAUUAUAUGUUUGAGGACCAGAUUGGAGCACGCCCCUGGCUGCGCGAUUUCAAUCCACUCAGCAACCAAAUGCAACCGGGUUACCUAUCGGCUUGGCUCAAGCACACCCAGAAUAUCAGCUCCAGCCUCUUUCCGCUCAUGACGGAGCAAGGAUUUGACAAGCUCCUGGCCUCCGAAGCCAGUUUCUGUGGCUCUGCCGUCAGUCAGCAAUGGCUUUUGCAGCUCCUUGACCUCACCUCGAGCUACCUGCAGCUCUCUGAUCCCCACGAGAUCUUUGGCACGCAAAAUUGGUAUACCUACCCUUUUACCGCCAUGGCUUGGCGGGACGUCGUGGUCAAUCGACAGCACAACUUGGCUGGGCAAACCUUUGACAACAAUCUUCAGUCAAUGAGCUUCAACCUGGCGCAUGGUUAUUUUUUGUCCUACCAGAUUACGCACAUCAUGAACGAUCAGACCUUAUGCCAGCUCUACCGCUCCGCCGCCGUCAUCCAAGACCGGGUCAUCGCCAAAUACGCCGAGACCCUUGCUACUUCGUUUGAAGUGCUCGACUACCUUCCCAAUGGACUAGCAGGUCUCACACGAACCAACUAUAGCAGCAGUGCGGUUGUGUAUCGUGUGGCCACCAACGUGACAACAUACAGCGUCGCUGGAUUUGCACUGCCAGUCUACGGCUUCCUCGUGGAACAGCCCGAAUCCGGCGCGCAAACCAUGACAACAACGCAAUAUCUGGGACGCCCGCUCAAUGUGACGGCCGAUGCGCCCUACCAUAUCCUGCACAUUGAACCCAUUUCAUCAAAGAUACUUCGCAUUUAUCAUUUGCUUGGCUGUGCCACACCACUGACCCUCGACUGGGCCAUACCAGAGGAUGGGCACCUCAAUGCUAGCGCCUACAACAAGGACGGCCAGGUUGUGGGUGUCCCCAACGUUGACGUCAAUUCCACUGCGGGAACUGUCACGCUACAGCUGGCCGCCCCAUUCACCGGCGAACGUGCCAUUGAUCCAACGAUGAUUGAUUUCUACCAACUUACCGUGUCCCCAGCGCCUUGA